UUUACGCGCCAUAGAAGAAGAGGUGACUUCGAGUUUGUGACGGAAAGAACCGAAGUUGAGGUUGGCGCCAUGACGCAAUCAAUGGGCGACUAUCGUUCGUUUUGUUUCCUCGAAUCGUGGUGAUAUGUAAUUGUUUGUUAUCCCACUGAUAAGGAUACAAUCUACGGCCUGAUUACAACAGAGGAACACAUGACAAACAUGAAGGUCACCUUAAUGUAACGCCACGUGCACAGUCACAGUGCAACUGUCACAGUGGUGGAAAAAAAAAAUCAAACUAUUCAGACAUUUUAAUGCAUACAAAUUUAAAGGAUACAAAUAACGGAGGAGAACAGGAGUGUGGAGCGGCAGAGUCGGGGAUGGGGCUGGAGAGCCUCAGGAGGACGUCAUGGUUCACAGCGACUCCAACUCCCUAAUGACAACAAAUCCAUCAGCACCACCCCAGUUAACGGCUCCUGCGACAGAACCUCUCCUCCAUGAAGCACCUCCUCUGGUGCCUCCAACUGGAGAUAACACUGGUCAAGACUCUUCCCAACCUUCCAUCCUCAGCACAGACCUUCCUGCUAGCUCAGACCUGAGUCAGUCCUCCAUACCAUCUUCCACAUUUAAAACCAACCCAAGUCCCUCAUUUGCCAAGAUCUCUCCACAGACGCCUGCUCUGAUCCCAGUCAAUGGCCGUACGUCAGGCAGGAAGAGGACGCCUAAGGCCUGUGACUGCUGUGGACCUAACGGCAAAGGACACAAUGCCAUCAAAACCUACAGCAGAGGGAGGGGUAGGGGUAGAGGGAAGAGCAUUGUUAAGGAUAUCGGGGAAACUCCAAAACGAAAAGCAAGUCAGUUGACACAAAUCACUAGCUUUGAUUUGACCAAUGAGACUGCACAAGAUGCAGAUAUCGAAAAUAACACACAAAAUAAGAUGCAGAAGACCGGAAUGGAUGCUGAGUCACAGCCACACACUCUUCCUCCACUACCUGCCGUCCCACUGCUCAGUGGCUCUGUAACAAACUGUGUGGAGAAUGUGAGUUCACAGAGAAAUGAGGACAAGUUAAUGAAAGGGACAGCGGUUGGUGCUGAUGGAGGUAACAGUGGUCUGGAGAUGGGACUGUCAGGAAUGACAGGCAGGGGCGAGGCUGUGGUUAGAGGAAGAGGAGGGAAGAGGAUGAUGGGCCCUAAAUCUGCAUCCAAUCUUAACGUGGACAUUGGAAUUAAUAAAUGGAGUGAUGGUGUUUUGGUCGUUGGUUCAAAAACAGAUUUUGCGGCUAAAUCAGCGGAGGUGCUGAGUGAGAAGAAGAGCAAGGACGCAGAGCUGGAGAGUGGAGAUCAGACUCCAUGCAGUGUUGUCAAAUCUCUGUUUGAAAAUGGAGACACGGUGAACCUGUCUGACUCUGAGCCUGAAGGAGACGAUAAGGACAAUGACAUGAUCAUGUGUCAACAAGAAAACGGUCUGCAGUCAGAUGGGUUCAGCUACGAGUCCCGCUCCUUACCUGCUCAGAAUCAGGACUCUGCGAUCCAGGUGGACCAGAGCGAUACUUUGUCCAAUGGAGCCAUUCAAAACCAUGCGUCCACACCCAUGGCGUUAGAAACACCUCAUCUGAACCAGGGACCUGUUACAGUGUGGACGGUUCACCACCAGUGGGCUUUACGAGACCACAGACUCUACUGUCAGGCAGGGACCUGGGAGAAGAAGGAGGAGGAGAAGGAGGUGACACAGGGGGCUGGGACGUACGGGAACUCACACAAUGAAGAAAAGUUGUUGCAGCUGACUGAUAUGGUCCAUGAUUUUCUAGAAAGCUUUUACAUGAAGUAUGGAAGUUUCAUUCCUCUGAGUGAGACUGACGUGGUGGAGCACCUGAAGAAGCACGGCAACUCUGAUCACAGCAAAUGGGGUCUGAACAUUAAGGCGGAGGUGAGCAGGUACAGGUCAGGUUUGGCCUCCGCUCCAAUCGCGGGCUUCAAAGUGAUGCAUAACAAACACAACCUGAGCCUGGAGGACCUGAGCACGCUGGAGGAACAGAACUGGCUCAAUGAUCAGAUCAUAAACAUGUAUGGAGAACUUAUAAUGGAAGCCACGGGACACAAGGUUCAUUUUUUCAACAGCUUUUUCCACAAGCAGCUGGUCGCCAAGGGUUACGAUGGUUGUGAGAGAUGGACAAAAAAGGUCGACCUCUUCUCCAAGUGGCUGCUGCUAAUUCCCAUUCAUUUAGAAAUCCACUGGUCCCUCGUCACGGUGACCAUGGCAACCAAAACCAUCAGCUACUACGACAGCCAGGGCAUCGUCUUCAGACACACCACAGACAACAUUAUGAAGUACCUUCAGUCUGAGGCCAAGGAGAAGGAACAAACGUCUUUUCAGAAAGGCUGGAAAAUUACUAUCAUCAAGGGUAUUCCUCAGCAGAAGAACGACAGCGACUGUGGAGUCUUCGUCCUGGAGUACUGCCGUCGUCUCUCAGUGAAGCAGCCACUGCUCUUCAGUCAGGAGGACAUGCCUCGCAUCCGCAAGAGAAUCUACAAGGAACUGUGCGACUGUCGCUUCGACGCUUGAACGACCAACUGACAUCUGUCCUCGACUGCUGCCUACGGGUUUUUUUUGGUAUCGUCUACGCCCGGCCAGACACACACGGGCACUGACGCACACAGUCUGUUACACAAACAAACACAGUUUGACUUCCUUGUUUUCCCAGAAUGCCGCAGUCACUCUCACUCUGAACUCUUGACACAGAGUCACGAGACGCUGUCACCAGGCUAUGUUGACACUCUACAGCUAGUCAGUCGGAGUGUUUCUUUCUUCUUUUUUUUUUUUUAAUGCAAACUUGAAAAGAACUACUGACGUGGCCCCCUACUGACCUCCCGCCAAGAAUGCUGGACCAGAACACUUCUGUUUUGAUUUUGAAUUCUGUCAUCAAACAUCCCGAGAAUUUCAACCCCAGCAGCUCGUCUUUGACUGAGGAUGCAGACGAUGGAGCGGUCUGGACCAAUAGAGAGCGACUUUGUCUCCCUGGUGGAGUGGCCUUUUCUCACAGAGUGGACUUUUUGAGCUGGAAGAUUUUGAGAACAGUUUUAUGUUGGAUUCACAGCAGUAACAUGCCUAUAAAUAUACACAUUAAUGAAGUGGAGCUGUGUGACCCAGUGGACCAACUGUUCACUUUGUACUUGAACACUUGAGUUGGUUAUAUUUAACCAUAGGGCUGGGCGAUGUGCUUUACAAAAAAAAAACUCAAUAUUUCCCCCCAUGAGACGGAAACAAAAUCAGCAAAGCCAAGUUUCUUUUUAUAGAGUACACAUGUAACUGAAAAGUAAAAGUACAUAGUUAUAAAUACACAUUAAAUAAAGUACACUGAACUAAAAGCUAUUUGCUUCCACGUAUAUAAAAACCUGUAUUGUGUUGGAGACAAACGUUCACGAUAGCUACAGUUAACGGACAUGACGGUUACAUAAAUCAUAUUGUUACGCCACCUACAGUAUUGAGGAGAGCCCAGGUGGUGAGUGCACAUGAGGAGCUUUUAGUUUAGGUUUGAAUAUAGCAGGAAAAGCUCUGAACAGUGACGCUGCACUCAACCUCUCACUCUCAUUCGUCUCACCCACAAACUCCCCCCUUUCAUAAGUGACGGCUUGAACUUUUGCUUUGCACUGGUUCCCAGUACUGUUCUUUCUCUGCUCAUCUGAUUCUAUAAACCCAAGUCACUGACUAGUAACCAAGCUUUUCUCAACCAGUAAAAGUUUCCUUCCCUGAUAAUGUAGGAAUAGCCAGCCUCCUGCCCUGGUUUGGCCUUUUUGUCACUCAGUGUGAGGUGAGAGGGCAGAGCAGGGUGGAGUCCAGAAACAAACAAACUGAAUUAUUGUUAUGAAUCAAAUUGUAUCAUUUCAGGGUAAGAGAACAUAUGUGGUUAUUAUCAGUGAUGUAUCGCCCAGCCCUGUUUAGGCUUUUGCACGUACGAAGGGUAAUCGUGGUAGAGUGCAGAGAAUCAGCUGAAUGUAAUAUUGUGUUUUCUUCCCAGCAGCCUCUUGUGUUAAGGCUGAGGCCACAGUUGGACCAUGGCUUGAAACAGACAGUUCUUCUUCAUCAGGUUUUUCUUUUUAUUUCAAUGUCUGCUCCUGAACUUAUUUCUUGCUAAAAUUCCAGGGAUUUGUUUUUUCACUUAUAUUUUUGCCGUAAUCAGCUUUUUACUGUAGGUUUUGCACAUGCAUUCUCCUGAAAAUAUUGUUUUAAGUUAAGUUAAGUUGCUGUUUUUUUACAGAGCUGUACAGCCUGCGGCUGUGAGUACUUCCUUUCCUUCUCCAGCUUUAUCUGGUCACUGCUCAGUGUGACGGCAUUAACAGAGAAACAGGUGGACCUCAGUCAUCGCAGUCGGAAUUCUCUCCAACCUCGGUUUAGUUGUUAUAUUCAUUUAUAUAGUAUAUUUACAGAUUGUAUUGUACCUUUACUGUCCUGUAACUGUAAAUACUUGCUACAACUAAAACCACAACUGUUUUUAUUGUUGUUAUUAAACGGCAGAUACUGUUGGGAGACU